UUAAUGUCGGUAUAUAAAGAAACACAGUCACACCUAAAAUCCCUCUCUAUAUUCUUCCUUCACUCACUGCAUCUCUAAAACCCAAACUUCACGUUCUUGGCGGCGACACUUCACUUCACUCGAUCUAUCAUGCCUUCUGUUGCUCCUUCCUCUGAACAAGCUGCAAGUUUACUGCAGAAUUUGUCUCUGGAUUCGCAGCCCAAGACUAUAGUUGGAGAUGCCGAGCCAGUAAAGAAGAAUGGACCUGUUUUUGCGAAUGGUGCAGCUAAGGGGACGGGCAAGCCAUUCAAUCCAAAUCCUAGCUAUGUUCCAAAUGGAUACCCUUCUACAUAUUAUUAUGGAGGUUAUGAUGGGCAAGGAGAUUGGAGUGGUUAUUCCAAUUAUGUGAACCUCGAUGGAGGGAUGACUCAAGGUGUUUAUGGGGAUAACUGCUCUUAUAUGUAUCACCAAGGUUAUGGCUACACACCAUAUGGAGCAUAUGCUUCACCGAAUUCCUCCUCUCCUGUAGUUCAACAUGAUGGUCAGAUGUAUGGGCUGCAACAGUAUCAGUAUCCCUGUUCUUAUUACAACUCUCCAACUUCCGCUGAUGGAUCAUUUGCUCCGAACAAAACCAGUGUUCCACAACGAGAAAUGUCAACUGCUGUUAAUGCGGAUCGUAUUACUUCAAAUGUUAUGAAUAAAGGAAACUCUGUUAGCAUGGUCAAUGGUGAUUGUACAAAUCAAAAUGGGUUGAAGGCAUUUAUGAAAAGUUCCCAGCACACAUCUUUGAAUACAAAGGAUUCUUAUCAAGGGUCUAGCUUGCCAGCUUGUGCUCCAUUGUCAGGAUAUCAGGGUCCAAGGUUGAGUACUCAUGGUGCACAGUCAGCAAUCCCUACAGACGUGUCAUUGGUUUCAGAUAGACAGUCCAAACAUGGAGGAAAGGUUGGAUUAUCUUCCCAAGUGGCAAAUAUCAAAGACUUCUCAUCUCAAAGGAAUCAAAGACACUCUCAGUCACUUCCACAAUUCAUGAACUUGAAUGGUUCCAGACAUCCAUCUGGAAUGGAACUACUUCCUGGAUUCAUGAACGGGAUGUAUCCAAGCAACAAUUUGUUCAGUCAAUAUGGAAGCUCAUUCAGAGCUAAUUCUCGUUAUGGGUCUUCUGCAUACGGAUCUAGAACAGGUUCUUUUGAUAAUAAGUACAGAGCAACAGGUAAUGGCUAUGUUGCUAAUGAUUCCAGAAGAAAUGGAGAUGGUUUCAGUGAGCUAAAUAAGGGACCUAGAGCUGCCAAGAGUUCUGAUAAUAAAAGUGUCAAAAGUCCUGAACCGGUCACUUUAUUACUCAAAGGGCAGAACCUUCCAGUGAAGAGUGAUGACGAAGUAGUCCCUCUGGUUCUGAAUAAAGAACAAUACAAUGGAGAAGAUUUGUCUGAGAAUUAUUCCGACGCAAAAUUUUUCAUCAUCAAAUCCUAUAGCGAGGACGAUGUUCAUAAAAGCAUAAAAUAUAGUGUUUGGGCAAGCACUCCCAACGGCAACAAAAAGUUGGAUGCUGCAUAUCAGGAAGCUGGUGGCUGUCCUAUAUUUUUGUUAUUUUCGGUCAACACUAGCGGUCAAUUUGUUGGUUUAGCUGAGAUGACUGGUCCGGUUGAUUUUGAUAAAACUGUAGAGUAUUGGCAGCAGGAUAGGUGGACUGGUUGCUUUAAUGUGAAGUGGCAUAUCAUUAAGGAUAUUCCAAACGGUGUGUUAAGGCACAUAACACUAGAAAACAAUGAAAACAAACCUGUAACUAAUAGCAGGGAUACUCAGGAGGUUAAGUUUGAGAAGGGUGUUCAAAUUGUCAAAAUUUUCAAGGAGCAUGCAAGCAAAACAAGUAUAUUGGAUGAUUUUGGGUUUUAUGAGUCCCGCGAAAAGACCACUCAGGAAAGAAAAUUUAAGGAGCAGCAGUUACCAAAACAGGUCAACAAGGCCAGUGAUAUAACAUUUGGCUCAGUUACAUUACCCAAGUCUCUUGAUACAACCUUGAUGAAAGAAUCAGCUACUGCAGAUGCAGCACAGGGGAACGUGAAUUCAGAGGUCCUGUUAGAAAGGAAUGGAUCCACCCCAGCAUUUGAAGAUUCUUCUAAGAGCAGUUAAACUAGUAGUAGUGAUAGUUAUUUGCUGAUAUUUGUAUUGGUUUUGUUUCAUUUGUGCUUUGUUCUUUGUUUUCUGGCUCUCUUUGUUUUUUUCUCAGUGCUUUAGUCAUGGAAAGAGUUGUGUUGUUUUUGAGUCUUAAUUUUUGCUUAAUCAACCUUGGUAUGGAGUGGAGUUAACUCAUUUUAUUUUAUCCUCGUCUCCUUUAAUUUAAUAAUAUAAAACGUGGCUGUUUUUGUCCCUCAA